AUGGACACCGGCCUGCGCAUUACGCGCCUCCGAAGGCUUCCAGUUGAUACCUUUGCGAAUCGACCACUCUCCGUUGGCGUGGGGGCUGGAGGGACUGAUGAUGAUGGUUUUCCGUGUCACAAGACGCUCGUUUUCGAUUUCCCCUCACUGCUAGAGGCUCACAAACGCGGCAUCAUACCGCACCUGACAGGUGGUUACUGCCUGAACACUGUUGUCAUCUCCGAGUUGCUUCUUCACGAAAUGGACAUGGCGAACAAGAAGGCGUUGCAUACGCUUGAGACCGAAAAAUCCAGCGAGGCUGUUGCCCACUCCAAUCGUGUGCGGGAUCUUCUUGCAUUUAUUUACCAAAAUAGACGUGAAGAGUGGUUGACGUUUCAGCGUAAAGGAUGUGAGGAGGACAACGGCUUCUUAUCCGAAUUCAAUUUGAAGGAAAAUCUAAACGACCAACGACGCUACAUCAGUUGCGCUGCUUUCUUGCGCGAUGGGAGAGGCUCUGCUGUUAUGCUCGUUACUUCUGUUGGGCGGCUUCAGGAGUGCGCGGAGAUGCAGGGUAUUCCCACAGUCUCUGUUAGCAGCUUCAGGUCCUGA